AUGCAUUCACUACAGUCUUUUCUCUUCCUGCUGCUCCUAGGCUAUGGUGUGCUCGCUGCACCAACGUCGCCACGAGCUCAAUCUCAGGGCAGGUCCUUCAAGGUUGAGCGGAUCAAGCGUGGAAACUCCAUUCAAGGUCCAAGUGCUCUGCGCAGAGCCUAUCGGAAAUUUGGCAUAGUUCCAACGACUUUUGGCGUCGAUCUGUCGGACUUUGAGCCUCUCAAUACGACAUCUCCCUCAAGCUCCGCUGCCAAUGUACUCGUUGCCGAUACUGAGGAGCCAGAGCAGACCGGUGCAGUCAGUGCGAAAUCUGUCCAGAGUGAUGCUGCUUUCGUCAGCCCUGUGACAAUCGGGGGGCAGAAAAUAGUGGUGAACUUUGACACGGGCUCAGCAGAUUUCUGGGUGAUGAAUACUGAGCUUCCGCAGAGUGCUCAGGUCGGCCACACUGUCUUCAAUCCUUCCAAUUCGUCCACCUUCAAGAAGAUAGAAGGAGCUACUUUUGAGAUCAAAUAUGGCGAUUCGUCUUACGCUAAUGGCGGCGUCGGAACUGAUACCGUUGACAUUGGUGGCGCAACCGUCACCAGUCAAGCGAUUGGUAUCCCGACCAGCGUGUCCGAUUCUUUCGUUGAAGAUACCUACUCGAACGGUCUCGUUGGCCUGGGAUUUUCCUCCCUUAAUACCGUCAAGCCUCAGCAGCAAAAGACGUUCUUCGACAAUAUCGCCGACAGUCUGGACGAGCCUGUGAUGACGGCGCACCUGAAGAGCGAUGGUGUCGGCGAGUACGAGUUCGGAAUCAUUGAUCAAAGCAAGUACCAAGGCGACAUGAUCAACGUGACAGUGGACUCAUCGAGCGGUUUCUGGCAGUUUCAGUCGGCUCACUACAAGGUUGGAGAUGGUUCUAUCCAGACACUUCAGAAUACUCCUACUGCGAUCGCCGACACCGGCACUUCAUUGAUGCUUCUCGAUGACACAGUGGUGAAUGCCUACUACGCCCAGGUCAAAGGCGCGCAGUAUGCCAGCAGCGCCGGCGGUUACAUCUAUCCCUGUGGUACUGAGCUGCCUAACCUCGCGGUUGCUGUCGGCGCAAAGCACUUGGCAACGGUACCUGGCACGUACCUGGAUUUUGCGGAGGUUGGCAUUAACAAAACGACGGGUCAAACUGUAUGUUUCGGUGGUGUCCAAUCCAACCAGGGCACUUCGAUGCAGAUUCUUGGUGAUGUCUUCCUGAAGGCCUUCUUCGUUGUCUUCGACAUGCGAGGCCCAUCUAUUGGACUUGCGUCGCCCAAUCAAUUAUUCAAGGAUCCCAUCACACUAGGGAUCUGGGUCUUAGUCAAGUUGAAUUUCCUCAAGGUUUCCGUGAGUCUGACGGGGGCCGCCAGAACAACAGCCCCGCGGAUCAGUCAACCCUCUUUAUUAUUACUACGCCUGAGGCCGACUUCUGCUGCCCCUCUUCUUCGCUUCACCACCUCGCCUCUGUCCUCCUUCGCCAGUCGCCCAUUCGCAAAUAUGGCUAUCAACUCUGCGCCCGAGUCUUCUCUCCUCUCCCUCCUCUACCGCUCGUACCCCACUGCAGUUUCUCCCGACGCUACAGAGCUUGAUCUUCCCCAUGCCUCGCCCAAGAUCUUCCCUCUGACGACUUUCUCCGUUGAGGAGCAGGCUUCGGUCAAGCAAUGGCUAGACACCAUCUCUGGUCUGCAGAGUGCUUUAAGCAAAGACGAGAAGUCCGUGGUUACGACCAUCCUCCGACAGCUGAACAGCCACCUGGCCGCGCGCACAACUUUGCUGGGAACCAAGCCGUCCGUUGCUGAUAUCGCCACAUACGCUCUGCUCGCUCCCGUCGUUGAGAAAUGGACACCCGAAGAACGCACGGGCGAGCAAGGAUACCAUCACAUCGUGCGUCAUAUCGACUUUGUGCAAAAUAGCCGCCUGUUCGCCCUCCAGAUUCCCGACGAGGAGAAGAUCAGCAUCGACGUGAACGACGUGCGGUUCGUUCCCAAGCCCGUGGACCCCAAGGAAGAGAAAGAGCGCAAGAAGAGGGAGAAGGCUGCGGCCCAGAACCCGGAUGCUGGCAAGCCUCUCGUCGUCGGACAGGGCAAGCCCGAGAAGGCGGCCAAUGGCGGUGAGGUCGAUCAGGCCGCUGCCCCCGCCGCUGGCGCGCCGCCCAAGGUCAACAAGAAAGAGAAGAAGGAAAAGAAGGAGAAGGCGCCCAAGCCUGCUCCCGCGCCCGCUGCUCCCCCCUCUCCAUCGCUCAUCGACCUCCGCGUUGGUCACAUCCUCCGUGCCAUCAACCACCCCAACGCGGACUCCCUCUACGUUUCUACCAUCGACUGCGGCGAUGCUCCCGGCACCGAGAACACUUCCCUGGAUGAGGCGACCGGCAAGACCGUUCGCACCGUAUGCUCGGGUCUGAAUGGCCUCGUUCCCCUGGAGGAGAUGCAGAACAGGAAGAUCGUUGCCGUCUGCAACCUGAAGCCAGUAACUAUGCGUGGUAUCAAGUCUACAGCCAUGGUUCUGGCAGCAUCGCCCCGCGUUGCCGAAGGCGAGGACUCGCACGCUGGACCCGUCGAGCUGGUCAACCCUCCCGCCGACGCGCCUGCCGGUACCCGCAUCGGCUUCGAGGGUUGGUUUGACGGCGAGCCCGAGAAGGUGCUCAACCCCAAGAAGAAGGUCUGGGAGACCUUCCAGCCUGGAUUCACCACCACGGACAGCCUGGAGGUUGCGUUCGAUAUAAGCGCGGUUCCCGCCGUGCAGGGCCAGGAGGGCAAGCCGGCCCUGGGCAAAUUGGUCGCUAAAACCGGAGGUGUCUGUACAGUCAAGUCUCUGAAGGGAGCUACUGUUCGAAAAGCUCAAGGUCUCCAGUUGACAAUGAGAGCUGUGCGGUUCCAUGGCCGCGGCGAUAUCCGCGUCGACGAGAUCGAUGAGCCCGUCUGCGACGAGGGUCAGGUCAAGAUUCGACCUGCCUUCGUAGGGAUCUGCGGAAGCGAUCUACACGAGUACCUCGCAGGUCCCAUCACAAUUCCCUCAACACCGCAUCCAAUCACGGGUGGGACCGUCCCCGUCACCCUGGGCCAUGAAUUCAGCGGUGUGGUAGUGGAGGUUGGCGCCAGCGUUUCGCGACUCAAACGGGUUGGCGGAACUGUUGUCGGAAUUUGGGAUUUAUCGGGUAUAGCAGUGAGCGACGCAGGAGGUUUGUCGGAUCAUGUUGUUGUAGGUGAGAAGCAUGGGAUUCUGUUGCCGGAGGGUUUCCCUCUUGAUCUUGGGGCCCUCGUUGAACCCCUUACCGUGGCCUGGCAUGCAGUCAGUCGCGCCUCCGUCCGGCCCGACGACACCGUCCUCGUGGUAGGGGGCGGGCCGAUCGGUCUCGCUGUCGUUCAGGUCCUGAAAGCCCGCGGAAUCAAGUCCGUCAUAGUCUCCGAAAUAUCCUCCCGGCGCAAGAAGUUUGCGAGAAAACUAGGUGCGAGUGAGGUCAUUGAUCCGCGGACGGAUGAUCUUGUGGCUUCAGUCCGUGCAAUGACAGCAGGGGCAGGGGCAGACAUCGCUUUUGAGUGCUCCGGCGUGCAGGUGGGGUUGGACACGGCUGUUCAGGCAAUUCGGGCGAGGGGAACGGUGACCAUAGUAUCGCUAUGGGAGGAGAAGCCGAGGAUCGAUGCGUUUGAUAUCGUUCUAUACGAGAAACAUGUCAUUGGCGCUGUGAUCUGUGACGACGGAAGGCUCUCCCCUCGAGCGAUGAUCACCAGCAAGAUCCAGAUGGAAGACGUGGUGGAGAAGGGGUUCAAGGCUCUGAUUGACGAGCGGGACAAGCAUGUCAAGAUCUUAGUUGAGGUGUCUGCAUGA